AUGUAUAAUGAGUUAUCCGAAUUAUCUUGGAAUAAACACUCAAAAGGAUCACAGAAGGUUUCAGUGUCUCAGGCUGAAGUUCCAUCAGAAAUAGAUAUUCCAGUCACUGUAAAUUCAACAGUUUUACCAAGUCCAAAGAAAACUCAGUCCCAUUAUGAAUCAUCCCAUAGUCCAAUUCCUAAAUGGGAAAUGCAUACCAAAGUCAACCAAAUUAAUCAUUAUGAAGAAACUGGAGUACAGUCUUGCAGUCAGUCCAUGUCCAAUUCUGUUCCUCGCUGGGCUGAAAAAGCAGGGGAUAUUAAAUAUAUUGAUGACGACACAGAUGAUACUUUAAUAGAAAAAAAUUUGCAACAAUCUUUGCCCACAAAAUUGUUAGGAAAUCAUCGGAAUCGUAAUGUAAGGCAUCUACAUAACACAGAUACUACUAGUGUUAAAGAUAAAAAUGUGUUUCUUAGGGAUAAGCAUCACACAUCAAAGUUGAAGACAUCUGACUUUAACAAAUCUGAUCACAAAUUACAAGCACCUCAAUUAGCUAGUAAUAGUUUGGAUGUUGACGAACAUUUUUAUUUUUGUGGAAGAGAUGAAACUUCAAGUAAUAGUUACAAUGAGAAUACAGAGACAAAAUCAAAUCUUUUACAGAAUGGCAGCAAUGAUAGCAUUAAUAUUCCAGUGAUUGAAGCAGAAAAUGUUCUUAAUGAUACUGGUGUUUCAGAACAAAGCACUAAUUUGCGAUCUGCUAAUUCUAGUCCUGAGACUCGUAAAAAACAAAACGGAUUUAGUCUCUCAAUUCCAUUUCGUUUUAAAGAACACCGAGCCAGUUUGCCUCAAGCAGAGGAUUUACUUGAUUCUUCUCGUCCAUUAUCACCAACAAGCAAGAGUAUACCUUCAUCUCCUGUUACAAAACGUAAAAAUCAAACUCAAAGACGUGGAUUACUUUAUAGUCCAUUAUUAUUGCGUAAAGUACGAAGGCAGCAUUUGGUAGAAAGUUCUGAUGAAGAAGGUACAAGUGACGAUUCUCGAAGUGAAGAAUUCAAAGACUUGGAAAGUUUCCAAAAAGCAUACAUUCGUAAAAAGUUGAGAAAAUGGAGAAGUAGAAGUACACCAGAAGGAUCAAAUAAUGCACCUUCCUACCGUGAAUUUGUACUUCACAACAAAGCACCAUUAUGGAAUGAAGUAGGACAGGUUUAUCAACUUGAUUUCAGUGGAAGAGUAACACAGGAAUCGGCUAAGAAUUUUCAAAUUGAAUUCCAUGGCAGACAGGUGAUGCAAUUUGGAAAAAUUGAUACAAAUGUUUACACAUUAGACUUUCAGUACCCAUUUAGUGCACUUCAAGCAUUUGCAGUAGCACUUGCAAAUGUAACUCAGCGUCUGAAAUGAAGAUUCCAUCCAGUCCAAUGAAAAGAUCUAGAAUUACCUGACUCUCAGUAAAGGAGAAUUUGAAAAUAAAAAAACAAAUAUACUUAUAAAAUUUAUUUCUUUUAAAUUGAUAAUGUUUCUAAGAAAUUGAUUUAAUUUAGAUAUUUAUCAGAAGAUAUAUUCUGGUUUCAGAGCUGUAUGUACAGCAGAAAUGUAGAUAAAAAUGAAUCAUUUGUACAGUAUGACAGAAUUGGAUAUUUAACAUUAUAUAUAUACACACACACAAUAUAUAUAUAUAAUAUAUACAUAUAUAUUUUUUUUAUUUAUUUACUUAUUUUUAAUUUUUUGCUGGAAAAUGUAGCUCAAACUUUUGAAACCAUCCUGUUGUUGUAAAUGAGAUUAUGUUUUUACUGUGUUGUUAAAUCAAUGUAUCAAGUGUUGUGAUAGCUUAUUGAUUGUGCAUGUUAUAAAUGGCAAUACUCAUGUAAAUGUUAUAUUCCAUUGCCUUGGAGGAUUGGACACAACAUUGAAUUUCAGGAAUGUAUUAUUAUAUCAUAUUAUUAAAUAUUAUAUGGAUUUUUAAUCUUAGUAGAAAUCACAACCAUUUACUAAGACUUGUCAUAAAUGUCUUCAUACAAAUGUUAUUCUAACUUUGAUUUAAUGAGUUGAUUUGUAAAUGUAAUUUCUAGUUAUAAGAUAAAAAAUAUUUUGUUUUAUUUAUAUAUAUCGCAAAAUACAUUGUAAUAUAUAUAUAUAAAUAUACAUUUAGAAACGAGAUUAUAUAUAUAUAUUAUA